AAAGCAGUGGUGCGUUACUUGUAGGAGAUCCGUGGGUAUCCGAGGUUAUUAACAGCGAGGGAAAGAAAGUCUUCGAGCAGCUUAAGUAUGCUAAAAAAGAAGUAGAAAUGAUCGGAAAAAUUCUGAAUAUCACGCCAAUCACUGGCAGUCAGGCCACGAAACGUGAGGUGUUGGAAAGACUCAGUUCCGUCUCCCUAGUUCACUUUGCGGCACACGGAUGUAUGGAAACUGGCGAAAUUGCUCUUACACCUGACCCACACCGAAUAUCUACUGUGCCAACGGAGGAGGAUUACAUUUUAACAAUUGGAGAUGUGUUGAAUGCUCAACCUCGGGCCAAACUUGUUGUGCUUAGUUGCUGCCACAGCGGACGGGGCGAGAUCAAGGCUGAAGGUGUGGUUGGCAUUGCGCGCGCUUUUAUGGGGGCUGGUGCUCGGUCUAUUGUGGCGUCCCUGUGGGCGAUUGAUGACGAGGCUACUCUUGAGUUCAUGAAACACUUUUAUCAACAACUUGCAGGAGGUAAACCAGCAAGCGAGUCACUGAACCUGGCCAUGAAAAGCCUCAGAGAAUCAGACAAGUUCUGCGACAUCAAACACUGGGCGCCCUUUUUGCUGAUUGGAGAUGACGUCACUCUUGACUUUAUGGCAAAGGAAAGAGAAAAUUUGAAUAUGAAAUCACAUAAAUGAAAACUUUUUUAUUCCAUCUCAAAAUGAAUGACGCAGGAACUUGGAAGGUUUAAAUGCUUCUCUAUUUUGGCGCUUUUUGGCUAUUUUUCAUUACUUUUCACUUUUUUGUUAAACGGAACUUGAGAUGUGUGACUUUACUUUGAUGAAGAAAUAAAACAGACUAUUUCAGUAUAUUUUGUUCAGUGGAAUUGCUAUUUUUUACCUUUACAAAUUUAGAUGCUUUCGAAGAGAACAAGAUGCAACAAGGCUUCUGCUGUUAAUGCCUGAAGUUUUUGAAGGCGACUACGAGGUUUUCGUUUCGCCAAAAUGACACUCAGAUCUAUUCCUUUAUUACAAUCAGUUAUGUGUCAAAUAAUUUAAAGGUUUUUUCUUGUACACAACCAGGAGCUUGUCCACUGGGUUUUAAUUACGUUGAUACUCCAAGCUUUUGAUAAGCAAAGAAACAGUUUGUCAUUUGCAAAAGGUGGCGAAAUGUUAAUUUCAAAAAAUGUGAUUUCCAAACUUCGCAGCCAUAUGUGAAUUGAUCUUAAUGGUUUUCUACGUCAUAAAUUACUUUGUUGCAAUUUGCAAUUAUCUUUACAAAAACAUUGAUUAUCAUUUUCGAUUUUAUUUCAAUCCAUUUUAAUGCAAUCUAAUUCCAUCAGUGCCAAGAUUGCCAUUCUAAGCUUAAUUUGAAGAAGUAAUCAUCAGAGAUGAUGUUGCUGAAUUUACUGACCAUAUGUUAGAGACAUUAGACCCACUCUCAGGGGUGUGGCCAGCCUCUAGUCCCGUGGGCCCGGCCUACAAUUGUUUUCCGCCCGCUUGACUUUUCUAAUAUGACUCUUGCAAAUGUUGAAACAAAAAUUGAAAUUUCUCACCAAAAAGGCCUACAACAAGUCAAAGAGCUGGCUACAACGGCCUGCUUUCAAUCAAACGAGUUUGAUCAAUUUUAGUCCAUUUUAUCAAACACUCGUCAGUUUGUUUUAGAGAACGACAACAGAGACAAAUUGUCCAUGUAAUCUAAACAAGGAAAUAGCGAAACAGAGUUUACUUUAACUAAAGUUUCCAUUGCUGUGACUUUUAAUGUGUGUGACAUGGAAUUUGUUGUUUUCAUUAGGAAAAUAUUUACGCCAAUAAAUUAGGGAAACACUUGAAGUA